GCUAUUUUAGAGAAACCGAUACCUUCCUUUCGCUGUUCCCUCUCUCUCGUGCGUUCUAGGGCAAACUCGUUCCCUAGUCGAUCCACCGGCUCUCCGCCCCGGUUCCGUUUUCUUGCCUCCGCCUCGCCGAUCCAUUGCCGACAUUCUCUCUUCUCUUUUGUAAUUCAUGGGUUUGUAUCGGAGAGAUGAGGAAGAUUAUGAAGAAGAAGAAUAUGAUGAGUAUGAGGAGGAGGCUUCUGAACCAGAGGAAGAACAUGAACCAGCAGCUCCAAAGCUAACUAUGGAGGAACAAGAAUUUCUUAAAUUGAGGGCGCAACUAAAAGAGAAGAUUAGACAAAGGAUGAAGAAACAAAGUGCUAAUGCCUCCAGUCAUUUAUCUCAGUCCCAGGGCAAGAAGAGGACAAUAGCAAAUGACAAAUUUGGCUCCUUUUUUGGCCCUUCUCAGCAUGUUAUUGCUCCAAGAGUCAUUGAAGAGAGCCGUUCGAUUCGGGAAACCAAGCAUAUUGUUUCUAAGGUUUCAAGUUCUUCUAGCAAAAAAAGAGAUCCGACAUCUUCAGAACCAAAGACAUAUGUACAUCACCAGAAACCAACAGUUGUUAAUGAGGUAAAAAAGAAAGCACAGACUCUUAAAGACAUGCGGGACUAUUCCUUUCUACUGUCAGAUGAUGCUGAUCUUCCUCCUGAAAGGGAGAAGCCUCCUCCACUCAGAAAUGUUUCUGUUUCAAAGUGUGAUGGUCGGUCAGCCCAAACACCAUCAAGCAGGAUACCUAGGAGCAAACCUGUGAGGCCAGCCUCUAAUGGCAAUGAAUUGAAGAAAGCUUCCACCAAUCGGCAUAUGCAGAUCAAAGUGGGGUCCGUGAAGGAAGCUCAUGUGAGCGGAAUCAGGCCAGCUUCAACUGAAUCUAGAAAAAUGCUGGGUCGUGGUGCUGGAAAUGGGUCCGUCCAGACUACAAAGGUUACAAGUACAGGAACUAGAGCUUUGCCCGCCAAGAUUCAUGCUCAAAUUAUGGGCACAAAUAGACCUCCUAUGAAGGCUACCAGUGAUCCAAGUUUGAAGAACCCGUCAUAUACAAAGGUGCAAUCUUCUGCCCAAAAUCAUCAUCCUGGUCAGAAAAGAGUGUCCCAAGGACCUGAUAACUUAAUGACAGUACCCAAACUGCCAUUGCAUUCUUCAAAAUCUCAGCCUUCCAAGCAAAUCCUUUCACGUGGCAUCCAUAAUGCCAGUUCAAAGAAAAGGCCUGCAAAAAGAGACUUAGAUGAAGAAGAAGAUAUUGAUGAUGUUCGUGGGCUUAUUAGAAAAAUGUUCAGGUAUGAUCCUAACAAAUAUGCUGGGAAUGAUGAGGACGACAGUGACAUGGAGGUCGGUUUUGAUCGCAUCCAGGAGGAAGAAUGGAUAAGUUCCAAUAUUGGUAGAAGGGAGGAUGAAGAGCAGCUUCGCCUCAUCGAGCAAGAGGAGAGAGAAGAGAGACGGAGGAAGAUGAUGAGAAAAAAACCGAAGCUACACUAGUAGUAGUGUAAAGUGAAACAUUAUCUUUUGUGGUUACUCGGUUGCUCAAUUCCGUCAUUUGGUACUUGUAAAAGUAAUGAGGUAUCAAAGACCGAAUAGCUUUAGUUGGGUUUAUAAAUUUUCAAUUAUGAGAAGAUCAUUCAAUUAUCCUGUUGUUUUGUCAGUCAUUUUUUUGGUUUAGCAUCAUUUGAAUGUUUUGCAAAUGUAACUAAUCUGCUCUGGGACCGAAACUUUAAUGUGUGGCCUUAGUCUGCUGCUUGUGUCCAUGGUAUGUUGCUCCAUGCCCUUGCUAUCUGAUCAGUGGGUAUUCCGGUUUC